CUUACACAAUUAUUUUGCUCUCUCUCUCUCUCUCUGUCAUACACCUCGAGAUAGCAGAGAUGGCGGCCUGUGCAUCUUCGUCACAAUGUCCUUUUCUUCUAUCCCAUGACUUCUUUCGAACUAGCAGAGAAAAACCCACUUCGCUUUCAUGGUCUUCUUCAUUUCCUAAUGUCAACUUGUCCAUCAAUUCCAUUUCCAGCCCUUCAAACCCCACAGUCAGCAAGGAAUUUAUUGUUCAAGCUGCCUGGACAAGGAGGUCACGAGGUGAAGCUGCAAAAAAACCGAACAGAAAAUCAUGGGGACAAAGGACAGAUAUGUAUAUGCGACCAUUUCUACUAAACAUUUUCUUUUCAAAGCGAUACGUUCAUGCAAAAGUGAUGCAUCGUGGAACCAGCAAAGUGAUAUCGGUGGCCACCACAAAUGCCAAGGAUCUCAGGAACACAUUGCCAUCGCUCACUGAUGACAAUGCCUGCAGAGUAAUAGGGAAGUUGAUUGCUGAGCAAUCAAAGGAAGCUGAUGUAUUUGCAAUGGCUUAUGAGCCCCAGAAGAAUGAGCGGAUUGAAGGGAAGCUUGGUAUUGUUAUUGAUACCAUUAAGGAGAAUGGUAUCAUAUUUGUUUAACAUUUUUACCAUUGUUUUUGUUCUUUCACUUCAAAUUGCUGCAUAUUUUUCUCGGGAAAGUAUUAGCUCUUUAUUAAUCUCGCCGAAGUAUUGUAAAAUCAAGGGAAAAAGAGAGAAACCACCUGGGGGUGGUAGCUUGUUGGUUGGGGGCUUACUCAUGUGGGUUGGUGACUAGGAGGAAAUGGAUUCAAGUAUUUGAGGGGCAAGACAAAUGCCUUUUAAUCUUAGGCUACCAACUCCUUGUCACUCUGCCUUCAAUAAGACUAUGGUCAAAUUUGGCUCAAGCAUGUUUUGAGGUUGCUCUCCACGUUGCUUGGCCCAUCUAGGCUUCUCUGGUCCGAUUCCCUAGUGUUUGCAAGGUGCUUCUAUGGUCAGGCCAAAAAAAAAUUUUGAAAAAAUUGUUACAUGGAUUCAAGUAUUAGCUUUUUGUUAGAAGCUGGUCAUGGUAGUGCCUUUUUCUAUUUUCUUUUUGGGUUUAUGCCUUGUAGGCUUGUGGCUGUAAAAGGUUGUGAAAUGGGGUAUUAUACACUGUAAAAGUACUUGAAAAACUUUUGACAUUAUAAUAUUGUUGUGUUUGUCCAUGAGUUUCUGGUUGGGAAUCA